AUGUUGUGGGAAGAGGGCGUCAAGGUCUUCGAUUCAUAUUCAGAAGAAAACUUUCGUUUGCGUGCAAUGUUGUUUUGCACCAUAAAUGAUUUCCCAGCAUAUGGGAACUUGAGUGGUUACAGUGUUAAAGGUCAUUUUGCAUGUCUGAUUUGUGAAGAAAAUACUAGCUAUCUUCAACUGAAGCAUGGGAAGAAAACUGUGUACACAAGACACCGAAGAUUCCUUCCUCGAAAUCACCCUUACCGUAGAUUGAAAAAGGCCUUUAAUGGAAGUCCUGAGGAUGAUGUAGUGUGCAGACCAAGUAAUGAGGAAGAAGUAUACGACCAUGUGAGGAACAUUGAUGUUGUCUUCAGAAAACAUAAAAAGAAGACCGUUGAGAAAAACAUUUGGAAAAAGCAAUCAAUAUUCUUCAAUCUUCCAUAUUGGUGUAAACUUGAUGUGCGACAUUGCAUAGACGUGAUGCAUGUUGAAAAACAUAAAGUUGUUAAUCCUCGAUAUUUAGAUGAUUUGCAAAAUGAGGCCAUCAGACUAUUGUGCCAAAUGGAAAUGUAUUUCCCACCCUCAUUUUUUGAUAUCAUGGUUCAUUUCAUUGUCCAUCUAGUGAGAGAUUUUCAAAUAUGUGGGCCGGUUUUCUUGAGGUGGAUGUACCCGGUUGAAAGAUACAUGAAGAUCUUAAAGGGAUAUGUUAAGAAUCAAUUGAGACUGGAAGCUUCGAUUAUAGAGCGCUACAUUGUAGAGGAAGCCAUUGAAUUCUGCUCAAGUUAUAUGCCAAGUUGUGACCCAAUAGGACUUCCAAAGAAAAGACAUGAAAACAUACGUGAAGGAAAAAGAGUUCGAGGAGUAAGGAUUGAAAGUGUUAGUGGAAAAGAAGUUAAUCAAGAACAUUUGUACAUUUUAAACAACACAGAGGAUGUUAUUCCUUACAUUUCACAACACAUUGAUGAAAUUAAGUCAGCACAUCCACGUAUGAGUGAAAAGUGGACACUUAAUGAACAUAACAAAUCCUUUUUAGCUUGGUUUAAGAAAAAGAUUUAUGCGACUUCGAAUGUUUCUGAAAAUCUGUUGAGACUAGCUCGUGGACCUAACACUGAUGUGAUCACUUUCGGCGGCUAUUACAUAAACAAUUACUUGUUCUAUUCAAAGGAGGAAGACGAUAAAAGUAGAGUUCAAAAUAGUGGAGUUACCCUACAUGCUGAGGCUGUACACUUUUCCAGUUCCAAAGAUAAGAAUCCAAUUACAGCAUCAAUAAGUUAUUUUGGAAUAAUACAAGAAAUUUGGGAAAUUGAUUGUCACCAAAGUGUAAAUGGGUUGACAGUAAUUCUGGUGUGGUGA